AUGAAACCUUUUAUUAUUGGGAAGAUAAAAAAUUUAAUCUUGAAGCGAGAAAGAGCUUAUACGAAGAGUGAUCAAAGGGACUAUAAACGUUUGCGUAACAUAGUUUCAGAAGAAAUUAAGAAAGCUAAGAAGACCUUCUACGCGAAGAAAAUCAGACCCCUGCGAUCUAACGACCCUAAAUCUUGGUGGAGCACGAUCAAUAAAAUUUGUAAUUCCAGUAAAAAUCAACAGAUUUUCCUCACGAACCCUGAAAAUGGAGAACCACUGACUUCUUCAGAGUCAGCUGAAGAAAUUAAUAAUUACCUUGUCAACUCGACUAAAGAUUAUGUAAAGAUCUCUGACGACCACCUGAUAACGGGCCAGAGUCUAACACUUCCCAUUGUAUCCAGGGCAUCAGUGGAAAAAAAACUCAAUCAAAUAAAUGUUAAGAAAUCAGCUGGCCCUUUCGACCCGCCUCAGAUAAUCAUAAAACGCUUUUGCAAGGAACUAUCCUUUCCAUUAACGGAUAUUAUCAAUACAUCUUUUCGAGAGAAACGUUUUGGAAAGAUUUGGAAAGCGUAUAAUUGCUGUCCUAAAGUUAAACCGAAAGUUAAACCAUGUAGACUGCAACCAUGGCGGCACAGAGUGCCCCAGCGACUAAAUAUGACAAAAAAAACCACCAAAUGUCUAAUAUAUGACCUCAGAGGCUCAGUAUAUAUUGAUUUGUAUAUUAAUUGUUUGUUGUUUUUAGCUAUAG